ACGGCGUCCUUCCGGCUUCCAAGACUCGAACGGAAAGGGGAAAGCCUAGGCUGUGAUGCCGCUGGAUGAUGGCUGCUUUCGGGAUCCUAAGUUACGAAAACCGGCCCCUGAAGCGGCCACGACUUGGACCUCCGGACGUUUACCCACAGGACCCGAAGCAAAAAGAGGAUGAAUUAACUGCUUUGAAUGUAAAGCAAGGAUUUAAUAAUCAACCAGCAGUGUCUGGAGAUGAACAUGGCAGUGCAAAAAAUGUUAACUUCAACCCCUCAAAGAUCAGUUCGAAUUUCAGCAGCAUCAUUGCAGAGAAGCUGCGAUACAACACAUUUCCAGACACAGGAAAAAGAAAGCCACAAGUUAACCAGAAGGACAAUUUUUGGCUUGUUACAGCGAGGUCACAGAGCUCAAUCAAUAACUGGUUUACAGACUUAGCAGGGACCAAAGCUCUCACCCAGCUGGCGAAGAAGGUGCCAAUUUUCAGCAAGAAAGAAGAAGUGUUUGGCUACUUGGCAAAAUACACAGUCCCUGUUAUGCGUUCAGCAUGGAUGAUAAAAAUGACCUGUGCAUAUCACGCUGCCAUCACAGAAACAAAAGUCAAGAAGCGGCAUGUGAUUGACCCCUGCAUAGAAUGGACUCAGAUUAUUACUAAGUACCUGUGGGAGCAACUCCAGAAGGUGGCUGACUUCUACCGGCAGUCCCCCAGCCAAGGCUGUGGCUCCCCCCUGCCGGCCACCCCUGCUGAGGUGGAGACAGCCAUGAAGCAGUGGGAGUACAACGAGAAGCUAGCCAUGUUCAUGUUCCAGGAUGGCAUGCUAGACAGACAUGAGUUCCUGACGUGGGUGCUCGAAUGCUUUGAGAAAGUCCGGCCUGGUGAAGAUGAGCUUCUCAAACUGCUGCUGCCGCUCCUGCUACAGUACUCAGGGGAGUUUGUGCAGUCGGCCUACCUGUCGCGGAGGCUGGCGUACUUUUGCACGCGUCGCCUCAACCUGCUGCUAAGUGAUGGGAGUCUGGGGCCAGGCACAGGAGGACACCCGGCUCAUGGCAUCCUGGCCCAGCCAGGGAAUGCCCUGCCGCCCACGCCAACCUCCCAGCCGGCAGGAGGGAACCAGCCCCAGACACCCUUCACAGACUUCUACAUCUGCCCACAACACAGGCCCCUGGUGUACGGCCUCAGCUGCAUGCUCCAGAGUAUCGUGCUGUGCUGUCCCAGUGCGCUGGUGUGGCACUACUCUCUAACAGACAGCAGGAACAAGACGGGCUCUCCCCUGGACCUGCUGCCCAUCGCCCCCUCCAACCUGCCCAUGCCAGGGGGCACCAUCACCUUCACACAGCAGGUCCGUGCCAAGGUGAGAGAAAUCGAGGAGCAGAUAAAAGAGAGAGGCCAGGCGGUGGAGUUCAGAUGGUCGUUUGACAAGUGCCAGGAGACAACUGCUGGUUUCACCAUUGGGAGGGUCCUGCACACGCUGGAGGUUUUAGACAACCACAGCUUUGAGAAAUCCGACUUCAGCAACUCCCUGGAUUCUCUUUAUAACCGAAUCUUCGGUUCGGGCCAGAGCAAAGAUGGCCAUGAGAUGUCCCCUGACGAUGACGCAGUGGUCACUCUGCUGUGCGAGUGGGCGGUGUGCUGUAAGAGGUCAGGCAGGCACAGGGCCAUGGUAGUGGCCAAGCUGCUGGAGAAGAGGCAGGCUGAGAUCGAGGCCGAGCGGUGCGGGGAGUCGGAGGUGGUGGAUGAGAAGGGCUCGGUGUCGUCAGGCUCGCUGUCUGCUGCCACGCUGCCCGUGUUUCAGGACGUCCUCCUGCAGUUCCUGGACACGCAGGCGCCCACCCUCACCGAGCCGGGGAACGAGAGCGAGAGGGUGGAGUUUUCCAACCUGGUCCUGCUCUUCUGCGAGCUGAUUCGCCACGACGUCUUCUCGCACAACAUCUACAUGUGCACGCUCAUCUCCCGUGGCGACCUGGCCUCCGACUCCCACCUGCCCCGGCCCCGUUCCCCGAGCGACGAGCCCUCGGACGAAUUGGAACGCAAGGAGCAGGAGGCCGGCAACAGUGGCAAGAUGGAGGACACUGGUCUUUCAGAGUCCAUGGAGAUCGAUCACAACUCCAGUGCUAACUUCGAUGAGAUGUUCUCCCCCCCGAUGCACGAGUCCAAAGGCAGCCCCUCCCCCGAGAAGCCUGCCCCGGAGCAGGAGGGGAAGGGCGGCAGCAAGGACAAGGGCCUGGACCCCGUGUUCCCCCUGGUGUACGAACAGCCCCGCCACAUCCAGUACGCCACUCACUUCCCCAUCCCUCAGGAGGAGAGCGCCAGUCACGAGUGUAACCAGCGCCUGGUGGUGCUCUACGGCGUGGGCAAGCAGAGGGACGAGGCGCGGCACGCCAUCAAGAAAAUCACCAAAGACAUUCUGAAGGUGCUCAACCGCAAGAGCACGGCCGAGACAGGAGGGGAGGAAGGACAGAAGAGGAAGAAGAGUAAGCCAGAGGCCUUCCCUACAGCAGAAGACAUCUUCUCCAAAUUCCAGCACCUCUCCCACUUUGACCAGCACCAGGUCACCUCUCAGGUGUCCAGGAAUGUUCUGGAACAGAUCACCAGCUUUGCCUUAGGAAUGUCCUAUCACCUGCCCCUGGUCCAACACAUUCAGUUCAUCUUUGACCUCAUGGAGUACUCCCUCAACAUUAGUGGCCUCAUAGACUUUGCUAUUCAGCUGCUGAACGAGCUGAGCCUGGUGGAGGCGGAGCUGCUGUUGAAGUCGUCCAGCCUGGUGGGCAGCUACACCACAGGUCUGUGUCUGUGCAUCGUAGCCGUGCUGCGCAGGUACCACUCCUGCCUCAUCCUCAACCCCGAGCAGACCGCACAGGUGUUCGACGGGUUGCGUAUCGUGGUGAAGUCGGGAGUGAACCCAGCAGAUUGCUCCUCAGCAGAGCGCUGUAUCCUGGCCUACCUGUACGACCUCUAUACCUCCUGCAGCCACCUCAAGAGCAAGUUUGGGGAGAUCUUCAGCGAGUUCUGCUCCAAGGUGAAGAACUCCAUCUACUGCAACAUCGACCCGUCCGACUCCAACAUGCUGUGGGACCCCGUGUUCAUGAUGGAGGCCAUUGCCAACCCCUCGGCCCACAACUUCAACCACUCCAUGGUGGGCAAGAUCCUCAACGACAGCCCCGCCAACCGCUACAGCUUCGUCUGCAACGUGCUCAUGGACGUGUGUGUGGACCACCGCGACCCAGAGAGGGUGAACGACAUAGGGAUCCUGUGCGCGGAGCUGACGGCCUACUGCCGCUCUCUCAGCGCAGAGUGGCUGGGCAUCCUCAAAGCCCUCUGCUGCUCCUCCAACAACGGCAACUGCGGCUUCAACGACCUGCUGUGUAACGUGGAUGUGAGUGAUCUGUCCUUCCACGACUCCUUGGCAACUUUCGUGGCGAUCCUCAUCGCCCGGCAGUGUCUGCUCCUGGAGGACCUGGUCCGCUGUGUGGCCAUCCCCUCUCUCCUCAACGCUGCUUGCAGCGAGCAGGACUCUGAACCUGGAGCUCGUCUCACCUGCAGGAUCCUCCUUCACCUCUUCAAGACCCCUCAGAGAAACCCCUGUCCCCAAGAUGGUGCCAAGUCAGAUAAAUCCUCAGUAGGGAUCCGGUCGUCGUGUGAUCGCCACCUGCUGGCGGCCUCUCAGAACAGCAUCGUUGUCGGGGCGGUCUUCGCUGUCUUAAAGGCAGUCUUCAUGCUGGGGGACGCUGAGCUCCGGGUCUCGGGCCUGUCUCACCCCGCCGGCCUCGACCACAUCUCAGGGGGACGCACGGUCUCCAUAGAAACAGCCAGCCUGGAUGUGUACGCCAAGUAUGUGCUGAAGAGCAUCUGUCAACAGGAGUGGGUGGGUGAGCGCUGUCUGAAGUCCCUGUCGGAGGACAGCAGUGCCCUGCAGGACCCGGUGCUGGUGAACAUCCAGGCCCAGCGGCUCCUGCAGCUCAUCUGCUACCCCCACCGCCAGCUGGACAGCGACGAGGGAGACAACCCCCAGAGGCAGCGCAUCAAACGCAUCCUCCAGAACAUGGACCAGUGGACCAUGAGACAGUCCUCCCUGGAGCUGCAGCUCAUGAUUAAGCAGAGCACCAACAACGAGCUGUACUCCCUGCUGGAGAACAUCGCCAAGGCUACCAUCGAGGUGUUCCAGAAGUCGGCGGAGAUGAACUCCAGUAACCCCUCAGGGAACGCCUCUGCCGGCGCGGGGAGCUCCGUAUCCAAUAGCAACAACGCCAGCAAGACCAAGCCGGUGCUGAGUUCGUCGGAGCGGUCCGGGGUGUGGCUGGUGGCGCCCCUGAUCGCCAAGCUGCCCACGUCGGUGCAGGGUCACGUCCUGAAGGCGGCGGGGGAGGAGCUGGAGAAGGGGCAGCACCUGGGCUCCUCGUCCCGUAAGGAGAGGGACCGGCAGAAACAGAAGAGUAUGUCUCUGCUGAGCCAGCAGCCCUUCCUGUCCCUGGUGCUGACCUGUCUGAAGGGCCAGGACGAGCAGAGGGAAGGCCUCCUCACCUCCCUCUACAACCAAGUACAGCAGAUUGUGACUAACUGGCGAGAGGACCAGUACCAGGACGACUGCAAAGCCAAGCAGAUGAUGCACGAGGCGCUGAAGCUGAGGCUCAAUCUGGUGGGGGGGAUGUUUGACACAGUGCAGCGCAGCACCCAGCAGACCACUGAGUGGGCCGUGCUACUCCUCGACAUCAUCAGCAGCGGCACGGUGGACAUGCAGUCCAACAAUGAGCUGUUCACCACAGUGCUGGACAUGCUGAGUGUGCUGAUCAACGGCACGCUGGCUGCUGACAUGUCCAGCAUCUCUCAGGGGAGCAUGGAGGAGAACAAGAGGGCCUACAUGAACCUGGUCAAGAAGCUCCGGAAAGAGUUGGGGGACCGUCAGUCUGAGAGUCUGGAGAAGGUACGCCAGCUGCUGCCUCUGCCCAAGCAGACCCGGGAUGUCAUCACCUGCGAGCCCCAGGGCUCCCUCAUAGACACCAAGGGCAACAAGAUAGCCGGCUUCGAGAAGGAGGGGCUCCAAGUGUCCACCAAGCAGAAGAUCUCUCCCUGGGACGUGUUUGAGGGGCUCAAAAACUCGGCCCCUCUCUCCUGGGGCUGGUUCGGUACGGUCAAGGUCGACCGUAAGGUCACCAAGUUGGAGGAGCAGCAGCGCUUCCUGCUCUACCACACCCACCUGAAGCCCAAGCCCCGCACCUACUACCUGGAGCCCCUCCCCCUGCCCCCCGAGGAGGAGGAGCCCCCCACGCCCGUGCCCCAGGAACCAGAGAAGAAGAUGGUGGAGGCCGUGAAGCCGGAGAAGAGCGUUCCCACCGUGCCCUCCGACUCCAGCAAGAAGAAAUCCAGCAAGAAGAAGAAGACUCCCUCCACCAGCAAGACCGAUGACUACGUGACUCGUACCCAGGGAGGAGGGCCAUAUGGCACGGGGAUGCCCCCUGAACUCAUGGGCCAGCAGAACCACCCCUACAGUAGGAUAGGCUACGGCCAGCAGCCCAUAGGCAUGUACGCCCAGAACCAGCCUCUUCCUCCAGGUGGCCCUGGCUUGGACACGCCCUACAGACCAGUCCGGAACCCUCCCAUGGGCGCGCGGCCCACGCGGCCCAGCUACCCUGGCAUGAUGCCCACCAUGCAGGGUGGCAUGCCGGGCAUGAUGGGACUAGACAAGCAGUACCCGAUGGGCUACAAGCCUCAGCCAAACAUACCGCAGGGCCAGAUACUGCGGCAGCAGCUACAGGUCAGACUGAACCAGAGCAUCAUGGGACAGCAGCUGCGUCAGAUGGUACCCAACCCCCAGUACACCUCCAUGCAGCCCUCCCAGCAGAACAUCUCCCAGGGCUACACCACGUACGGCUCCCACAUGGGCAUGCAGCCUCACCCCACCCAGGGCGGGGGCAUCGUCCCCCCCUCCUACCAGAGCUUCCAGGGCUCUCACCCUGGCAACAACCCGGCCGUGGUGGACUCUCUGAGGCAGAUGCAGCAGAGGCCCAGUGGCUACGUCCACCAGCAGGCCCCAGGCUACGCACACUCCAUGCAGAACACACAGAGGUUUGCCCACCAGCCCCUCCAGCAGGCUCCCAUCAUGCACGGCCUGGGCCACAUGGGGGGCCAGGGGGUGCACCCGGGGAUGAGACCCAACCCCUCGAUGGCCGAGCAGCAGCAGCAGGCUCAGCAGCAGCAACAAGCACAGCAGCAGCAGUACCUCAGACAGCAGGCCAUCAGAGCCCAACAGCAACAGCAACAAGCUCAACAGGCCCAGCAACAGCAGCAGCAGGCCCAGCAACAGGCCCAACAGCAGGCUCAGCAACAGGCCCAACAGCAGGUCCAGCCUCAGCAGGUCCAACAGCAGCAGGUCCAGCCUCAGCAGGUCCAGCAGCAGCAGGUAGCUUCGGCCCAACCCCCAGCCCAGAACCAGAACCAGGCCCUGGGCAUGCAGCCCCUUCCCCCUCAGCAACCAAUGUUCCCUCGACAGGGCAUGCAGCAGACUCAACAGCAGCAGCAGACCGCAGCACUAGUCAGGCAACUCCAACAACAGCUCUCAAAUACACAACCUGGACAGAACACCAACUCAUAUUACUGAUUGUGCUUGUGUAAAUUAGUGUGUGUGUGGAGGAUAGAGAGGACCCUGUAUGUGAAAGUGUCCCCAGCCUGUAGAUGGGCAGAUAGACGUCGAGUGCCCGUGUGCAGGCUGUGUUUAGAGGAGUAGGCUCUUAGGAGGGAAAGACUGCUAUAGGCCAAAAGGACAAGCAAACAGAAGCAGGACUCAAUCACAGAGGCAACAUGCUGUUUGAUCCAUUUCAAUUUCAGUCAUGUAAUUAUGAAAUCCAAGGAGGGAUUGUGCUGUGAAAUAUUAUGAUAAUGGAGAACAAUGGAAAGGUUUAUGUAAAAAAGAAGUACAAGAAAUUAUAAGAAUAAUGCAAUUUUUUUAUUUUAUUUCAAUUUGUACAAUUUUUCAGUUUCGUGUAUUUCUCAUUAAAAAAAUCAUGUCAGUU